AUGGGAGAUAUCGAGUCUGAAGCCUACACGGUGGUCGUCGGAAUCCCCCAGGGCUCACCCCUCUCACCCGCGCUGUAUCUCUUCUAUAACGCGGACCUCCUCGAGGUCGCUGCGAAUAGACACAUACAAACGUCGGGCUGGAUCGACGAUGUCUGCUUUUUCACGAGGAGCACAUCGACUAAAUAA